GAAAUCUGCUACACCACCAGUGUGGUCCCUCAGUUGCUGAUUCACCUCCUGGUGGAGCAAAAGACCAUCACCAUUGCGGGCUGCGCUGCCCAGAUGUAUGUCAUCACCAUCAUGGGCCUGACGGAAUGCUGCCUCCUAGCAGUCAUGGCGUAUGACCGUUACGUGGCCAUAUGUCACCCCUUGAGCUACAAAACUAUCAUGAGUGGCCGGGCGUGUGCACAUCUUGUGGGUGCUUCAUGGAUCAUUGGCAUCUCAGUGGAAGUAGCUCAGAUCACUUGGAUCUUCAGCCUGCCCUUCUGUGGCUCCAACCGCAUCCACCACUACUUCUGUGAUAUCCUACCAGUGUUGAGGAUGGCAUGCACGGAUACAUCCAAAAAUGAGAUUAUGGUCUUCACUGUGUCAGUUCUGUUAAUCAUAGGCCCUUUUUUAUUGAUAAUCCUGUCUUACAUCUGCAUUAUUUCCACCAUCUUCAUGCUGCCAUCGGUGGAGGGAAGGAAUAAAGCCUUCUCCACCUGCUCCUCCCACCUCAUGGUGGUGACUUUGUUCUAUGGAAUGGCUCUUAUCACUUACCUGGGGCUCAAGUCUAGCUUCACCCUGGAGAGUGAUCAAAUGCUUUCACUCAUGAACACAAUUGUGGGACCAGUGUUGAACCUCAUAAUAUACACUCUGAGGAACAAAGACGUGAAGGGAGCCUUUAGAAAAACAGUAGAGAAGAGCAUCUUUUCACACAGCCAGAGAAAAUAG